CGUUUCUUUGGUAUGAGACUCUUGAUGCCAAACUAAAGGAAUUAGGAUUUCUACAGAUCAGCGAAAAUCCUUGCAAUUACAAAUGCGAACGCGACGGAAAAUUGAUUGCCCUUUAUGUUGACGAUAACCCCAUUGCUGCAAAGAUACAAAGCGAAAUUGACGCCAUUAUUGAUCUCUUUGAUAAAGCCUGGGGUAUCAAAGGUCUAGGCAAACGGUCACGUUUUCUAGGGCUCAACAUGUUUUACGAUCGCGAGAAAAGGCAAAUUUCAGUUAAGCAGGAUGACUAUGUUGAUAGUGUUUUGAACUGGUUUAAUCUUACAAAAGCAAACACCCGUGAGAUACCCAUUGAUCCUAAGUUCAUACUUGAAACCAU